GGCACCCAACUGGGCAUGCCUCGUCUUCUCAUGAGAGGAGAACCGGGUGCCGACCUGUCUGUCUGUCCGGGUGAUAUUUAAAAAUAGCAGUCUCCCAGAGGUGCAUUCAAUUGGCCAUAUUGGCAACUUGCGCGACUGAGUUGGACAGGCCCUGCAAGAAUCCAUAUCAGAUCAUCAGAUAUCUGGAGGCCCGUUGUGUGGGCUCAUGUUUAAGAAGCCCUAGUCGUUGAUACGGCAGUCCGGUAGGUACUCCGUACUGUUCUGGCCCGACUGGGCUGCUAGGCCGGCCAGCAGACGAGGCGACAGCGCUAGGAACAGCCGGAACACAAUCCCUGUCCAGGCUGCCAGUUUGCUCGGGAGGCGGCUUAUCGCCAGGCUUAUCGCCCUGGAGAGCUGUCUCGGCCGGGCAGUAAACUUUCCCAUUCCUAUUAGUCGCCCCGGUCUGGCGACACUUGCUUACAUUUGAUUUGGAUUCGCAUCUGUCCAUCUCGCUUGUGAACCCACCGUCUCCCUUUUGCCAUUGGCAGGUCAGUGAACAUCGUCAUUGUGUGCCUGCAGGACGAUACAGGAUAUCCUCACGCAUCAAGAAAGGCCCUCCAGCCCGCGUCUCACGCCACGCCACGCCCACGCCCAAGCCCACGCCACGUAUAGCCAACAGGCAGCUCCACACGCAUCCCAACGGGUCUUGAUAUCCAGUCUUUCGUGCCGGCCUGCCCGGAACCCAAGAGAGACACUCUUUCAAGCACAACAAUCCUCGGCAAGCCACGGUCGACACCAAAACGCCGCCACUUUUCUCGUUGCGCCCCGUCCAACUCCUCAUUUGCGACUCAUUAACCAAACAUUGCCAUGUCUGGAGCCAGGACCCGAAGACAGGCAGCUCUGGCCGCCGCGGCUGACGAAACUCCCGUCAAGGCGACGCCCGAGCCUCCGUCAGAACAGCACGUCGUGGUCAAUGGCAAUGGCUCAGCCCGUGCCUCUGGCGAUGCUGUCGCCCAAGCCACCCGGCCAACAGAGAACAUUUUCUUCUUCAUACCCAACCUGAUUGGCUACGUGCGCAUCGUUCUCGCCAUCUCAUCCCUCUACUACAUGCCACUGCACCCCCGGACCUGUUCGCUUCUCUACAGUGUCUCGUGCCUCCUCGAUGCCCUCGACGGAUAUGCCGCCCGAUACUAUGAGCAGAGCACCCGCUUCGGGGCCGUCCUCGAUAUGGUGACGGACCGAUGCACGACCUCGUGCCUGCUGGUUUUCCUCUCAUCCGCCUUCCCUCGCUGGGCCAUCAUCUUCCAGGGUCUGAUCUCUCUCGACUUCGCCAGCCACUAUAUGCACAUGUAUACUACCCUUGUGAUGGGCGGCUCGAACCAGAGCCACAAGUCAGUGGACAAGAGCAGGAGCUGGCUGCUGAAUCUCUACUACACAAACAAGGUGGUUUUGUUCGUUGCAUGCGCCCUGAACGAGCUGUUCUUUAUUGCCCUGUACCUACUAUCCUUCUCCUCGCCCACCCUUUCUCCAGCGCUCCUGGCAACCCCGGCCGCGGAUAACCUCCAGGCGGGGGCCCAGGUCAACAGCUCGGUGCUGGAGAAGGUCUUCACCAGCCCCUACAGCGCUGCAGCCCUCGAGCUUGCCCGCGCCAACAAGAUGGACAGCACUGUGCCCUGGAUUCUAGCCGGUAUCAGCUUCCCGGUCAUGGCCUACAAGCAGAUCAUGAAUGUCAUCCAGCUAGUCAAGGCUAGCAAGUGGCUGGCCGAGGGCGACGUUGCCAUGAGGCAAGAACAGGGUCUUCCUAGAAAGAAGGGAAAGACCGCUUGAGUUAUCAGCCUCCCCGUCGCGAAACGGGCGACGAAAGCUGAUACCAGUUCGCGUGCGUCGCACAAGAACAGCUCGCGCACCGAACUCUUCAAGAGUAGGAUGGAUGGAUGGCAGCAUGACACAGGCCGAUGAUCCGUUGACGUGCCACGGAUGAAGAGAAUGACAAGGAGCGGGAGGUGUUACAAUUCGGGGUCCUCUGGUGUUGACAAGGUAACACAGGAACGGGAGACAACAAGAUUUACGAAAGUCGACUCAGAUCGGCAGCGGGUCGAGCACAAGGACCCAGUGUGCCAGGCUGGUAGAAGCCUGGGAGAUUUUUGCCUCACAGUUGCAUUUUUCUUUGUACAAAAUAGUCCAAGACUAUUCGGGAGAGGAACGGUCAGGUUGAACUGUGCCGCAUGAAGGUUCGCAGCACAGCAAAGGAGUUUGGGCAGGAUCGACGGCUACUUUAGAAGACUGGAGUCAGUUGUUCCGAUUGUCUUUUUGUCAUGGGAUUGUCGGCUGGAUUGAGUGAUAUCCUGGUGCGUAUCGCGGCAGUUGUCCUUGGGACGUUUGCUUCGGACCCUGCACUUGUCUGGUGUCGCUGGGGAUUUGGCUCUCAUUGCUAUUCAUUCUUUGGAUGUCAGAUCAUGUGCGUGCUGCAAGACGAACUGCCGGGGCAAGGGAAGAGCAGCAGGAUAAUCAAAGCCCGAUUCUGGUAUGACUGCUUGUGUGAUUUGCGGCGGUAGCAAUGUGAGGGGUGCGACGAGCCACGGCUGGAUUGCUCUCACGGACAAGCAGGGUGAGAGGGUCGAGUCGAGUACGGUGGGGGCCAGUCUGCCUCAACUGCCAAUCGAGCCGCGCCUUUGACUUUCGGGGGUCUCGUGGCUGACUUACUGCAGGGGCACCAAGAGCACCUGGAGGUAUGCAAGACGCGGCGUCGGCUAUCUUGAUAUUGUCCACCUCACUCUUAAGAUUAUACGUCCCGCAACAACACACUCGCAUCUACCGCACCCGGCAAAGCACACGCCCGACAAGACAUCAAAGAUGUCGAUCGCCAAAUCGACUCAUUGAUACUCUGCCGUUGGGAUAAUAGUGGUUUCGAAAGAGUCGAAAGAGCCAAAAAGCCUUGGGCGCCUGCCUUGCCAUGACUUGGAACCGAGAAUGGAGGUGAACGGUACAACGGCAUAGAGGGAGCAUACCCGCGGUGGAUGGGGCAAGCAGUCAAGACGCUGGCUUUGGAUAUUUCCGCUGCCACGGGGACUCUUUGAACGAUGCUGCCGCGUUUCUCCAUAGAUAGUGUGUGUAUAUAUAGCUGCAAGAGGUGUUGCUCGUCCACCAGGGCUCUGUUGAAUAGGCUUACAGAACUUCUGUACCAACAAAUGAUUAUAACCUACCAACAG